CUCUUCCAUGAUUAUUAUUAUUAUUUAAGAUGAUUCCUCCUCACAAUCACAAUGCCACCACCUCCCCUGCAACUCAUUAUAUCUAUUUAUAUUCUCAAGCCCAAGAAUUGGGGAUGUAUAUAGUUGAAGAGCUGUGUAUGUAUGUAUAUAUAUGCUUCAACUCCCAAGAACUGGAUCGCCUCUGAUCAUCACUUCUUUCUCCAUUACUGUGUAAUUUUGAAGACCCUUUUCUCCCAAUGUUGUGUUCCCACCUCCUCCUUUCCUAAUUUUCUGCAUAUAUACUACUUAGCAGCCCUUUGAGAGGACUACAACUUUGAUAGAGGCUCCCCGCUAUACAGAGAUGUUUGAUCUCAAUCUCACCGUAGAUUGCAUCGGGGAGCCGAAUACCUUGGAGGGGCAGUCUCCGGCCACGUCCCUUUCCUCGGUGGUGAACGGCGAGGCAGAAAAUGUUAGCUCCAGCAACGACGACGCGUCCUCCCCACGCGCCUCCGCCUUCACCUUCAACUUCGACAUCCUCAACAGUACUCGGACUGAUGAUCCAGUACUAGGGAACCAUGACCCUGAUGAUCUUGGGUUGACUUCGACCCAUUCGGGAUUGGUGACCCGGGAGCUUUUCCCCGUGAGCCGACUCGGCGAGUUGAUCCGUGGUAGGCGGCAAAAUGAAACGGCGGAUCCCCCGGUCGAUCAGGGACUCCGCCAACACUCCAUACCGGGAAUGGCGGUACAACAACAGCAGCAAGUACAAGCGAGGAAAAGCCGGCGCGGGCCCAGGUCCCGGAGUUCUCAGUACAGAGGAGUUACUUUCUAUAGACGGACCGGCAGAUGGGAGUCCCAUAUAUGGGACUGUGGGAAACAAGUUUAUUUGGGUGGAUUUGAUACUGCUCUUGCUGCUGCCAGAGCUUAUGACAGAGCUGCAAUCAAAUUCCGGGGUGUCGAUGCCGAUAUUAACUUCAACAUCAGCGACUACGAGGAGGAUAUGAAACAGAUUAUGAAUCUGUCCAAGGAGGAAUUUGUGCAGUUACUGCGUCGGCAGAGCACUGGAUUCUCAAGAGGGACUUCUAAAUAUAGAGGAGUCACGCUCCACAAAUGCGGCCGUUGGGAAGCUCGGAUGGGCCAGCUUCUUGGCAAGAAGUAUAUAUAUCUUGGGCUAUUCGACACUGAAGUAGAAGCUGCAAGGGCUUAUGACAAGGCGGCCAUCAAAUGUAAUGGGAGUGAAGCUUUCACGAAUUUUAAUCCGAGCACGUACAAUGUGGAGACCCGAUCGAAACCUUGUAAAGGAGGUAGCCAACAUGAUCUUGAUCUGAAUUUGGGGAUUUCAACAUCUCCACCGGAGGAGAGUGGACGGUUGGGUUCUUUAGUGUUCAAUACUCAUGACGUUCAACACACAAGAACAUCCAAGCUACAUGCGGAAAGUUCUGCCACGACAAUUGUAGGUAAUCGACCACUUAAUGGACUACCAGUAACAUCGGAGCAUCCUAUGUUGUGGACUGGCUUAAAUCCUAAAUUUGUUCCCAUCUAUGAGGAAACAUCAUCUGCCGAAAGAACUGCUUCCAUUUCACCACAAGAAGCGGCGAACUGGGCGUGGAAAAUGCACGGACAGGCUCGUGUUACCCCGAAUGCAACAACAUUGUGUGCUGCAGCAUCAUCAGGAUUCUCGUCACUGGCUAAGACUGUUCCCUUCGAUUCUGCUUCUUUAAUUCCACUCCGCGUCUCAUCUUAUCCUAGUACAUCGCCAAAUACUUGUCCUAAUUACUCUCAGAUGAAGCUGUACUCCCCGCCGUCUUGAUCUGUUGUUCUAGGUUAAAUGUGGAUAUGCAUGUAGAAAUAGCGAAUCAUUUUUUUUUAAAAGUCAAUAACUUUUCGGGUUAUUCUUUUUGAUGGAUAGCAUGGAGAUUGAUAUACAUAGAGAGCAAUUUUAGCUUAGUACUGCCUUUUCAUGUACAAGGAUUCUUCUUAUUAUGUAAUCAAAGUUUUUGUCAAUCCUUAAAAUUGGUUCAUUGGCAAGAACCCACUAAUUCCAGCCAACUUUUUGUGGGUUUUAUG